AUGGCCGCCACAUCUCCACGCUUAUCCGCUACUGAUACCCCCGGGGUACAGCCUGAAAGCUUCACGUCGGAUUUUGAUGAGACCUUCGGUGCCCUGCUUAUCGGUGCCUAUGUAGGCCUCGCCCUCUUCGGCCUCAAUGUCUAUCAGACCCUGCGAUAUUUACGGAUGUACACGAAGGACGUUCGGCGUCUGAAAGUGACCGUCAUCACUGUGUUCUUGAUAGAUACUCUACACUCCGCUUUCUACAUUCAUGUAUGUUAUCAUUAUCUCGUCACCGGCCAAUCAAACCAUGUACUCUUGGACGACGGCCUUUGGUCUGUUCGACUUAACACUCCCCUAACAUCUAUUAUUGUAAUCGUUGUGCAAACAUUCUACGCAAGGCGUAUCUAUGCCAUGGGGCCACAGUACAAGGUUCCUGUAUUCAUAGUUGUAGCGCUCAUGCUGGGCGAAGCAAUUUCAGUAAUGUUCACGAUUGUUGAUACGUUGCGUGGCUCCUGCAUGCUCGUCAUCCGCCUCGGCUCAACGACCGUUUUCACAGUUUUACCAUCCCUACGUUCUCCCGCUGGCAAAGCCAUGUCGUGCUGGCUUACGGCUAUCCCAUACGGAUUCUCCCUAGCAGCGGACGUUAUACUCACGAGCACGCUGAUCAUCAUGCUGCACCGGAGUCGGACGGGGAUGAGACGUACGGACUCGCUCUUAAAUGUUUUGAUAGUGUACACGAUCAACACAGGGCUUCUGACAAGUACCCUUAGCAUCCUAUGUGUUGUAUUCGCGACUGAGCCGCAAAAGUUCUACUACAUCGCCCUCAAUAUGCCCAUUACCAAGUCGUACGCCAUUUCCAUGCUCGCAGUCCUGAACUCGAGACGCGCUCUCGCGGAGCGUGCGCGGGACAUUCAAGACCUCGGCACCUUCGGGAUGACGAUACCAAGCAUCACUACCGCCAACAUUGCGUUCGACCGACGACGGCUGUCGUUUAAUCAUGGACUCUCGACACAGGAAACCGCGUUUCAUGACGACACCACCCUGGAUCUGUCUGAGCUCGCCCAUGCCGAGUACAGCGGUGCUAACAAGCUUGUCGAUGGAAAAGAAGUAGGGAUGGGACCAGGGGUUUCCAGCGCAUGA